UCAGACUCCAUGUUGAAUGAACCGAGGAGGAGGAGAAGUGAAGCUGAAGCAGGGAAGCUUGAUCCUAUCUGACAUCAGACUGACCUCGGAUCAGAAGAUGAGUGUCUGUGUGGAGGAAGAGGAGGACAGAGCAGAGUCUCUGGUGUCCAACUGUCUGUCCAUGAAGAGUUACUUUUCCAAAGAUGAACCUCUGUACUUCAGGCGUGAACCAGGACCCUCAGACACAAAACUGACGUCAGAUCAGAUGAGUGUCGGUGUGGAGGAAGAGGAGGACAGAGCAGAGUCUCUGGUGUCCAACUGUCUGUCCAUGAAGAGUGACUUUUCCAAAGAUGAACCUCUGUACUUCAGGCGUGAACCAGGACCCUCAGACACAAAACUGACCUCAGAUCAGAUGGGUGUCUGUGUGGAGGAAGAGGAGGACAGAGCAGAGUCUCUGGUGUCCAACUGUCUGUCCAUGAAGAGUGACUUUUCCAAAGAUGAACCUCUGUACUUCAGGCGUGAACCAGGACCCUCAGACACAAAAAAGAGGAGGAGGAGGAGGAGUCGUGUUUCUGUGGAGGAGCAGCCGUCCUGCUGUGCUUUGUGUCAGGACGUCCUGAAGGAUCCAGUCUCUACCAGCUGUGGACACUGGUUCUGCAGACGGUGCAUCACCGACCACUCCGGUUCAUCAGGAGAGUCCUCCUGUCCCCGGUGUGGAAAAAGACCCAGAACGAGAGCUGGACUGCAGACAGCCAGUCAGACCUGCUCUGCGCAAAUGAAUAAUGGUCUGCAGAAGGUAAUUGAUGAACAUAAGAUCAGUCUGAAGAGGAGAUGUGAAUGUGUGACUGAAGGAACUAAUGAAAAAGGAAGUGGAACCCUCCUCAACAGCAUCUACACUGAGCUCUACAUCACAGAGGGACAGAGUGAAGAGGUUAAUACCCAACAUGAGGUGAGGCAGCUUGAGACAACUUCCAAGAUGAAGACCCUCCAUGAGACUCCAAUCAAGUGCCAGGACAUCUUUAAAGCCUUACCUGACCAGCAGAGACACAUCAGAGUCGUUCUGACGAACGGCGUCGCUGGCGUUGGAAAAACCUUCUCAGUGCAGAAGUUCAGUCUGGACUGGGCAGAGGGCUUGGAAAACCAAGACGUCAGCCUGGUGAUUCUGCUUUCGUUCAGGGAGCUGAACUUGAUCAAAGAUGAGCAGUACAGUCUUCUGACGCUGCUCCAUGUUUUCCAUCCAACAUUACAGAAGGUGACAGCAGAGAAGCUCGCUGUCUGUAAGCUUUUGUUCAUCUUUGACGGCCUGGAUGAAAGCAGACUUUCACUGGAUUUCCACAACAAUGAGGUUUUGUCUGAUGUCUCACAGAAGUCAUCAGUCAACGUGCUGUUGACAAACCUCAUCAAGGGGAAUCUGCUUCCCUCGGCUCUCGUCUGGAUAACUUCCAGACCUGCAGCGGCCAAUCAGAUCCCUCCUGCAUGUGUUGACAGGGUAACAGAAGUACGAGGCUUCACUGAUGCCCAGAAGGAGGAGUACUUCAGGAGGAGAUUCAGUGAUGAAGAUCUGUCCAGCAGAACCGUCUCACACAUCAAGACCUCCAGGAGCCUCCACAUCAUGUGUCAAAUCCCAGUCUUCUGCUGGAUCACUGCUACAGUUCUGGACCACAUGUUGACUACAGACCAGAGAGGAGAGCUGCCCAAGACCCUGACUGACAUGUACUCCCACUUCCUGCUGGUUCAGACAAAGAGGAAGAAGCAGAAGUAUGAUGAGGGACAUGAGACCAGUCCACAGGAGCUGAUGGAGGCUGACAGGGAAGUUCUUCUGAAGCUGGGGAGGCUGGCGUUUGAACAGCUGGAGAAAGGAAACAUCAUGUUCUACCAAGAAGACCUGGAGCAGUGUGGUCUUGAUGUCACUGAGGCCCUGGUUUACUCUGGUGUUUGUACAGAGAUCUUCAAAAAAGAGUGUGUGAUCUUCCAGAAAACAGUUUACUGCUUUGUUCAUCUGAGCAUUCAGGAGUUUCUGGCUGCAGUCUACAUGUUCCACUGUUACACCAGCAGGAACACAAAGGUACUGAAGGCUUUCCUGGGAAAAAAACACAUUGAUUCAACCCUUGAUGUCUUCCUGAAGGGAGCCAUGAUGAAAUCCCUGAGGAGUAAAAAUGGUCACCUGGACCUGUUUGUUCGCUUCCUUCAUGGCCUCUCUCUGGAGUCCAACCAGAGACUGUUUGGAGGCCUGCUGGGCCAAACAGACAACAAUCCAGAGAUCAUCCAGAGAGCCAUCAACAACCUGAAGGAGAAGAAGACCAGUAUCUCUCCUGACAGAAGCAUCAACAUCUUCCACUGUCUGAUGGAGAUGAACGACCACUCAGUACAUCAGGAGAUCCAAGAGUUCCUGAAGUCAGAGAACAGAAAAGAAAAGAAACUCUCUGUGAUCCAGUGCUCAGCUCUGGCCUACAUGCUGCAGAUGUCAGAGGAGGUUCUGGAUGAGUUGGACCUGAAGAAGUACAACACAACAGUGGAGGGACGAGUGAGACUGAUUCCAGCUGUGAGGAACUGCAGAAAGGCUGUACUUUCUGGCUGUGGACUCUCAGAGACUCACUUUGAAGUCUUGGUGUCAGCUCUGAAGUCCAACCCCUCCCAUCUGAGAGUGCUGGACCUGAGCUCAAACCAACUGAAUGAUGCCAGAGUGAAGCGCCUGUCUGCAGGGCUGGAGAGUCCACACUGUAGACUGGAGACUCUGAGGUUGAGGAACUGCAGUUUGUCAGAGAUCAGCUGUGCUUCUCUGGUCUCAGCUCUGAAGUCCAACCCCUCCCAUCUGACAGAACUGGACCUCGGAGAAAACAAGAAGUUGCAGGAUUCAGGAGUGAAGCUGCUGUCUGCUGGACUGGAGAGUCCAAACUGUCGACUGAAGACUCUGAGUUUGAGUGACUGCGAUUUAUCAGACAUCAGCUGUGCUUCCCUGGUCUCAGCUCUGAAGUCCAAUCCCUCCCACCUGACAGAACUGGACCUGAGCUACAACAACAAGCUGCAGGAUUCAGGAGUGAAGCUGCUGUGUGCUUUUCUGGAGAGUCCAGAAUGUAGACUGAAGACUCUGAGGUUGAGUCACAGCUGGUUGUCAGAGGUCAGCUAUGCUUCUCUGGCCUCAGCUCUGAAGUCCAACCCCUCCCAUCUGACAGAACUGGAUCUCAGUAUCAAUGAGAUGCAUGAUUCAGGAAUGAAGCUGCUGUGUGAUUUUCUCGAGAGUCCAGACUGUAGACUGGAGACUCUGAGGUUGAGUCGCUGCUGGUUGUCAGAGAUCGGCUGUGCUUCUCUGGUCUCAGCUCUGAAGUCCAACCCCUCCCAUCUGACAGAACUAGACCUGAGUGGAAACCUCAAGCUGCAGGAUUCAGGAGUGAAGCUGCUGUGUGAUUUUCUGGAGACUCCAGACUGUAGACUGAAGACUCUGAGGUUGAGUUUCUGCACUUUGUCAGAAGUCAGCUGUGCUUCUCUGGCCUCAGCUCUGAAGUCCAACCCCUCCCAUUUGAGAGAGCUGCAGCUGAGUAGGAACAAGCUGCAGGAUUCAGGAGUGAAGCUGCUGUCUGCUGGACUGGAGAGUCCAAACUGUAGGCUGGAGACUCUGAGCUUGAGUCACUGCAAGCUGUCAGACGUCAGCUGUGCUUCUCUGGCCUCAGCUCUGAAGUCCAACCCCUCCCAUCUGAGAGAUCUGGAGCUGACUAACAACAAGCUGCAGGCUUCAGGAGUGAAGCUGCUGUCUGAUCUGGUGGAGAGUCCAGACUGUAGACUGGAGACUCUGAGAUGGAAGAGUGUGAGAGCGUGAGCGAUCAGAAAGGUGAUUGGCUGAGAGCCGAUCGGCUGCGUCCUGAUGAUCCAGAGAGGUUGAAGCAGCAGCAGCUUGUGGGUGGAGAGGCUCUGACUGGGCCAUGUUACUGGGAGGUAGAGUGGAGAGGAGAGCUUCAUCCAGCAGUGACUGACAGAGGAACCACAACAAGUGGAGAUGAGUGUCAGUGCUGCAGUGUGAACUGCUCUGAGAUCAGCUCCACUGUCAGACACAGCGUCCAGUCCAGCAUCCUCCCUGUGUGUUGCUGUGGAUGUGACAGAGUAUCAUCAGUGUAUCUGGACUGCUGUGCUGCUGCUCUGUCCUUCUACACAGUCUCUGCAGACCCUCCUCCACUCCUUCUGCUCCUCACUCUCACACCUCCUCCAGCUGGAAACUGAACUUUAUGUCUUUAUUUUUCAUGAUUUUGUCAGAGUGCAUUUUAACCGACCUGCGUACGUUUACAGUACUUCAUAUUUUACCACUCUUUCCAUCUAAGACUAUAUUUUAGCACUGAUCAUAUUUUUAGGUAGUUUGAUGAAUGCCGUGAUCACACGUUUACCCUGAUAUUUAUGGCCACAAUAUUUGUUGGAUUAUUAGUAGUAGUGAUACAGCCACCUUUUAUUGAUGCUGUUGUCAUCGAUCAUAGUUCAAUAAGUGCAAAGUUAAACAGUGUUUCUCGACUGCUUUACAGUCACACCUUUAGAAUUGACAGUUCACUGACGAAGAAAUGGUCCUGCCGGUUGUUUUCAGCUGAAGCCUGAUAAGAUAUGUUUCGUUUAAAAUGACUGAAGUUGCUAACUUAUUGAACACACGUGUCACGUUGACCUCUGUGAUGGCGGAGCUGCUCAUCUUUGACGAGGCGUCUGAUGUCAGAUGGUGAUGGUGCUCCUGGCAGCUGCUUUUGCAGGUUUGGGUCAGUCAGUCUUGGGUCUCUGACAGUCCGUUUGAACAGAGCUGCUGUCGGUGGGCUCCUCAGAGCGUUUGUGGAGCAGAGCGAUGCGUUGUAGCCUCGAGCUCGUCGAGUGGUUUCAUGUUGCAGGUUGUCAGAAACAUCAGCCGCUUCCACGUUAAACAGCAAGCGUGCUCCUUCUGUUGACUCUUCAUGUCCUGAAACCUCUCAGCAAACACCUGCAGGAGUUUUCACUCUCAGCAGAUUCACAAAUCACAAAACACACAUAACUUUCACUAAGCUGACACGAGGUGGGUAAGAAAAACACUAUUAAAACAGACAUGUGCCUAAAAACUGCUAAAUAAAAAAUAAAUGGAAUAAAAAUGGAUGAAUGAAGAUUGAGAGUUGCUGCAGAGCAGGAAAUACACAGUGUUUCCUCUUUGUCAGCUUUGACAGGAUGUGGUCUGUGAAAGCUGCUUGUCGAGCAUCCAAACUCCUUAACUUGAUCCAUUUGUCCGCGUGGCUCAUCGAGUUCAGCAUGUUCGUAGCUGUGAUGUAACUUUGGCCUUUUUCAUCUCGUCUGCUUCGUCUUUGACUUCAACAAAAGCAUAAUCGUUUGUCCGUUUGUCUUAGAAAGAGCGACGCUCUGCGUCGACUUGGUUUUGUUGAGAGGCGCCAUGAUGCUUUGACGUGAUAUGAGCCGCUCUGUGUGAAGAAUCAGAAGAAUGUGUUGUCGACUACUUAAUGCUGUUUUCUUUGUUGCUGUGAAAAAAAGUAUCUGUUUUUUCUUAAUUACCUCGUGGGCCGGGUCUGUAUACGGCCCGCGGGCCAGAGGUUCCCCACCCCUGCUCUGAAGCUCUCGCGCACCUCAUUGAUAUAUAAUAAUAUAUAUAUAAUAAUAAUGAUGAUGAUGAUGGUACCUGCUGUGUACUGAAGGACACUGACAGGCAGAUGAAGGACGUCUGACAGUAUUUAACCUGGUCUGUGUUGGUGGUUCGGUCUACAGGAGGAUUCUUUGGUUUUCUGGUUAUUGUGUUGAAACAUUUUGUGAAUGUGGAACAAACACGUAAAGAUUCACAAUAAGCUGAAGGUCUGAGUCGUUCAGAGAGCCGGCCCUCCCCGUUCACCCUCCGUGUGUCCAGUUCAGAUCAGAUCCACGGAGUUCAAAGUGAGUGAGCCUGAUCCAGCCGUCCCGUAACAAAUCCUGCUCCACGAUGUUCAGUUUGUUUACAGACGUGUCGAUUCAGCUCAGUCCUUUGAGCUGCAGUCUGGUUUUCACUCGGAGGCUUUUCUAAUACAGACACUCGUUCUAAAUAUAUUAGUGAAAGCUGAAAUGUAGCCUUUGAAACACAACCCUGAUUCUGAAACAGUUGUCACACUGCCUUUCAUACCCAAUCAUGAUCCUCUCACCUGUUACCAAUCAGCCUGUUUACCUGUGGAAUGAUCCAAACAGGUGUUUUUGGAGCGUCCCACA